GUUCCCGUAAAUCAGCCGGGACACGGCUGAUGAUGCGGGGGCGCCCGUGGGGGAGGGGCAGGGGGAUGCGGAAACAGUCGGGACGCGGCCCCGUGUCCGUGUCCCGUUUUGCUCCCACCAGACUUUCUGUCACCCACCACCCGGGGUGAGGAGGGUCGCCCCAGGCCCAUCUGCCCUCACCCACCCGUGCCAGGGGCGCGGCCGGAGAACCUCGUCCCGCCCGCCCAGAGGCGUGACUCCACAGAGCCCAUCCCCGUGGCACCGGGCACCGAUCACCAUGGCCGGGCGGAUCGCCAAGGAGCUGGAGGAGGCGCGGCGCUGGGAGGGGGCCCGCGACGUGCGGCCGCUGGACGGGAACGUGCGGCGCUGGACGGGGCUCCUGCUGCCCAACAACCCCCCAUACAACACGGGCGCCUUCCGCUUCGAGCUGACCUUCUCCCCGAACCACCCGCUGGAGCCCCCCUGCGUCACCCUCCGCACCCCCAUCUACCACCCCAGCGUGGACUGCGAGGGCCUCGUCUGCCAGCCCCUCAUCACCCACGUGCACUGGAAGCCCAGCACCCGCGCCAUCCAAGUGCUCCAGGACCUGCUGCUGCAGCUGGACAGCCCUGACCUCCAGCGGGUGCUGCGGCCGGACGUGGCCCGGGAGCUGCAGGAGCGCCCCGAGGAGUUCCGGCGCCGGGCAGAGGAGCACACCCGGCUCCACGCCGAGCCGCGCCCCGACCCCCAGACAUGAGGCAAU